UUUGCAACAACUAAACUUCGUACAGCACAGAAAUAAGUAUAUGUCCAAGAAAUAGUCGGAGUUCUCUAUUUGCUACAUGUUCUUAUCAUCUGUGAUAAAAUAUCAGAAAACAAAUCAUCAUUGAUAAAUCAUGAAUCACGCCAUACGAGUGAAAGGUGAACGGCGGAGGGGACUGCGAUACCGAGUUUAGUAGCAAAUUUCUAAAGAACAUGGAAAUGUUCUGUGAUCGCUGAUCAGUAUUGCGACGCGAAUGUCACGCGCUUAACCUUUUCCAUAACCUCAAUUUUUUGCGUGAUUAACAUUUUGGCGGUAAGAUUUAUACUUUUAGUAUUGAAAAAAAAAGACGAUCAGAGAGAAAAACAGGUAGUGAGAGGAACAGGAAAUAUUAACGAGAAACGUUCGACGUGCAUCAGAGAUCAAGGAUCAAGGAUGGCAGCGCUCAGAAGAAAGUCGUCGAGGGAGGACAGCCUGAAGUACAUCAGGCAAUCUCUGAAGUCGGAAGAAAUGGACCAUCUGGAGGGAACUCACUUCGACAGACUCAUUCCGCACGUGUUUAUAACUCUGGGAGCUUCUGGUGAUCUCGCCAAGAAAAAAAUUUAUCCGACUCUAUGGUGGCUCUUCCGAGACAAUCUUCUGCCAAAACCCACCGCCUUUGUCGGUUACGCUAGAAGCAAACUAACGAUCGAACAAUUGCGGGAAAAGUGUCAUCCGUACAUGAAAGUAAAAUCGGACGAGGCGGAAAAGUACGAGGAGUUCUGGAAACUGAAUCAUUACGUGGCCGGGUCGUACGAUUCGCAAAAGGACUUCGAGCUUUUGAAUCGCGAAAUACAGAAGUACGAAAAAGACGCCACCGAUCACAGAUUGUUUUAUUUGGCACUACCACCGAGCGUGUUCGAGAGCGUUACGGUGCACAUUAAAAAUGUUUGUAUGGGAAAGAAAGGUUGGACGAGAAUAAUAAUCGAGAAGCCGUUCGGUCGCGACGCCGCCUCGUCGCAGAGGCUCUCCGAUCAUCUCGCGUCGCUGUUCACUGAGGAACAGAUCUAUCGUAUCGAUCAUUAUCUCGGCAAGGAGAUGGUGCAGAACCUGAUGACUCUGAGAUUCGGGAACAGAGUGUUCAAUCCGACGUGGAAUAGGGACAACAUAGCGUCGGUGCAGAUCACCUUCAAGGAGCCGUUCGGAACUCAGGGCAGGGGCGGCUACUUCGACGAGUUCGGCAUCAUCCGUGACGUAAUGCAGAAUCACCUGCUGCAGAUUCUGUCUCUGGUAGCUAUGGAAAAACCCGCGUCUUGUCAUCCGGAUGAUAUUAGAAACGAGAAGGUGAAGGUUCUACGAUGUAUCAAGACUCUGGAACUCGAUCAAGUUGUUCUGGGUCAAUACGUUGGAGAUCCAGACGCCGAGGAUCCGGAGGCACGUUUGGGCUACUUGGACGAUCCCACGGUGCCAGCUGGUUCUAACACGCCGACCUUCGCGUUCGCGGUGUUGAAAAUAAACAACGAGAGAUGGGACGGAGUGCCGUUCAUUCUCAGAUGUGGAAAAGCUCUAAACGAACGUAAGGCAGAAGUCAGAAUACAAUAUCAAGAUGUGCCGGGUGAUAUCUUCGACGGAAAAGCGAAGAGAAAUGAAUUAGUCGUGAGAGUUCAGCCGGGCGAGGCGUUGUACAUUAAAAUGAUGACAAAGUCGCCCGGCAUUACGUUCGACAUGGAAGAAACGGAACUGGAUCUCACCUACGGCAGUAGAUACAAGGAUUUAAAAUUACCGGACGCUUACGAGAGAUUAAUCUUAGACGUAUUUUGCGGCUCGCAAAUGCACUUCGUACGGAACGACGAGUUGUACGAGGCGUGGCGGAUAUUCACGCCAUUGCUUCAUCAAAUUGAAAACGAGAAAAUUCAGCCAAUUCCAUACAAAUACGGAUCCCGAGGACCGAAAGAAGCUGACGAUAUGGCGAAGGAGAACAAUUUUGCUUAUUACGGUUCGUACAAGUGGGUGAAACCGUGAUAUCAAUUGUCCAUUGCUCUGUGAUACAAGAUACAAUUCCGCGAAGUACAAAAAAUCCAGAAAAACUUACAAUCUACUUAUACAAGCGCAACACUUUUGUCACAUUUCCAAAAUUUUGACAGAUUAUUACAUAUAUGUACAUACGCAAGAUAUUUUUACAGCUAUUUUUUAUAUAUAUUUAUGUAUGUAUAUUUAUAAUAUGUAUAACUCAUGUUUUUCAUGUUCAAUUUUACUGUGAUGAAGAAACAAAUUUAUACAUCGUGUGUCUUAUUCGAGAUCGAGAAGAAAACUACGUGUCGAACUUUGAAUCAGUUUUAUUAAAUCUCGACACAAUUGAAACAUAUGGUGCCCAAUCGCGAUAUUACUGUACAAGUAUCAUUGACAACGUAAUAAAUUGUACAGCGCUAGAGA